UCUCUCUCUUGGACCCAUUUAUGAACAUUUAAUAAUAAUUGUUGUUAUUUUCAGAACUAAAACUCAAAGGGUCUCUUUCUACAAUCUCUUCUCUGAGAUCUCUCUGAUUCAAAAGCUUUCUACUUCUAUAUUCUCUUCUUUUGUUUGUCAUGCUUCGGUUUCGGUUGUUUCGCCUUUCCUCUGUUCCACCAUUUUCUAUUCAUGGCAAUAAAAUAGCUGGCUCUCAUCUAAUACACACAGUGAAAAUGGGUUUAAGAGGAAAGAAAAAUAUGGAAAAGCAACAUCCAAUUUUGCAGCAAAAUGUAAUCGUGAUGAGGCACAGCGAACGCAUCGAUAACUUUGAGCCGUUGUGGGCAUCGAUGGCGUCACGACCGUGGGAUCCACCACUAUCAGAAUCGGGGCAAGUUCGGGCAUUCCAAACGGGUCGGAGGAUUAAACAGAGUCUUGGAUUCACGAUAGAUCGAGUCUUUGUCUCCCCAUUUCUCCGUUGCAUCCAGACUGCUGCCGAAGUUGGUAAUGCUCUGUUGAUUAAUGAUGGUGAUGGAUCUCUCGUUGGCGACCGCAUUUUGGUUGACUCUACAAAACUCAAGGUCUCUAUUGAGUAUGGAUUAUGUGAAAUGAUAAACAGUAUAGCCAUCCGUCUCAACGUUGCUCCUAAAGAUGGAAAUUUGAGUUUUGAUAUAACAGAGCUUAAAGCCAUGCUCCCGGCUAGGACUGUGGGUGAUAAUGGUGAAAUGGUAUAUAAAGAGUUACCUGAAUGGGAAGAGUCGGUUUUGCAAGCAAGGGCUAGAUAUCAACAAACAAUUCAGAACCUUGCAGAUAAAUAUCCAACUGAGAACUUGUUGUUUGUUACACAUGGGGAAGGAAUUCAGGUGGCUGUUUCUUCAUUCAGAAAGGAUGUUGUGGUAAAUGAAGUGGAGUAUUGUGGAUAUGUAGAACUUACACGUCCUAUUUUCAAAAAAGAUCAUUCACUUAUUGGUGGAGAGUUCAAUUUACUAACUCAAAGUGGUCAAAGUGGGGUAACCUAUAUUUCCUCCCACGGUCUUUGAAUAAAGGAUAUCAACCAAACUUGAAAUGUAUAUCAAGUUUAUAGGAUUCUAGUUUAGAGUCCCACGAAAUGAAUUAAAUUAUACUUGAGCUUAUAGUUUGGCGGAGCUUAGUUUUGUAACUUCAAAUGCUGAGUUUCAAUUUUAUUUGGGUUAUUUGUAAAUUGUCAUAUGUGUUACUUUGAUUAAUAAAAAGUUCCUUCUUCUUCGUUUUA